AUGAAUAGACCCCCAUAAGGUUAAAAUGACAGUCAAUCAGAUAAUGGUAGUGUGAAUAAGAUAAGUGAUAAAUAGAAGAUAAAUACUUUAAAAAAAGCUGUUAUUGAUUUAAGAGAAGAAAAAGCAUAAUUCUUAAAGACUAUAUAAGAAUUAACAUAAAAGAAUAAUAAUUUAACUUAAGAAAAGGCAGAUCUAGUAAUAUUUUUAAUUUAUAUUUAAUUUAGGAUGAAAAAUACAAUUCUGUGAUUAGAGAUUUGUAAUAGUAAAUUUAGGCUCUUAACAACAGCUAAGAGAAAUAAAGAAAUACACUUGUAAAUUCAAUAGGAUCACCACGAUCGCUUAUUUAAAAUGAUCCAUUAAAUAAUAAUAGCAAUUUUACAAAAUAAAUUAAGCAACUUUAACAGUAUAGUUAAUAAAUAUAAUAAGAGAAUUAAAAUAGAAAACAGAUGAUCAUGAAGCCCAACUUUCAAUUCUAUAGACAGGUUAUAAAGAAUUAGAGAGAGAUUUGAAAUACAAAGAUAAUUAGAUUGAUAAACUAACAAAAGAAAUUGGAGAUAAAAAUACUAUAAUUUCAUAAUUAAGGAAAAAUAUUGAAGAUAUUGAAAAGGAUUUGUAUAAUAGGAUUAAAGACUUAUCUACAGAAAAGUUAUAGUUGUAAUUAAAACUAAAAACAAUUGAAAAGGAAAUACAAUAAAAAGAAGAAGAAACAAAAAUAAUAUAAAAAGGAUUAGAUGAUUCUAGAUUUAAAACAGCUUAAUUAUUAAGUGAAUUGGAAGAAACAAGAGGUAAAUUCUUGUAAUAUAAACUUACACUUAACAAUUAAUUUUUAGAUAUUGAAUGUUUAUUUAUUCUGCGAUAAAAUUUAUUUUAAGAAUACAUUUUUGAGCUUGAAACUGCUGCCUAAAGAUUUGUCUAUAAAGCAAGUGAUAUUACAGACUUAAAAAUUAAAGAUGAUCAAUCAUUUUAUUUAACAGUUAAAGCUAGAAGUAGGGAUGAAGUAUAUAAGUUGGGUCCAGGAUAAGAUAUUAAAAAAGUGUGUAAAUAAAUAAAGUAAAGACCUUUUUUAUUUUAGAAACUUUUUGUAAAGAGCAUAAUAGAGUCUUGCACUUUAAUAAUCUAUCUAAUUAUAGAGUCCUAAGAAUAAUGGUUUACUUGGAGGACUAAUAUCAAUAUUUGGAAGUAAUUCUUCAAAGAAUGGAAGCAAUGCUAAUAGUGAAACAAAAUAGAAAUGAG